UCUGUCCAGCCUGUGCUCCUGAGCUGAAGCUGGGUUUGGGCUCUCGCCACCAUGCCUGCCAACUACAAUGGGACCUGGGAGAUGGUGACCAAUGAAAACUUCGAGGGCUACAUGGUUGCUUUAGGUAUUGAUUUUGCAACUCGUAAGAUUGCAAAACACUUGAAACAAACAAAGGAGAUUGUUCAAAAUGGAGACAAUUUUAAAACCAAAACACUCAGCACUUUCAGAAACUAUGAUUUGGAUUACACUGUGGGGGUGGAGUUUGAGGAGCACACCAAAGGACUGGAUAACCGAGUGGUGAAGUCCCUGGUGACCUGGGAUGGUGACAAACUGGUCUGUGUUCAGAAAGGCGAAAAGAACAACAGAGGCUGGAAGCACUGGAUUGAAGGAGACAUCCUGCAUCUGGAACUGACAUGUGAAGACCAGGUGUGCCAUCAGACAUUUAAGAAGAAGAACUAAAAUGGAGCAGAAAGCCUCCCAGAUUUUCA